AUUGCUAAUCCAUACAAUAGUGUAUAGAUCACCAUUACGUACGGUCAACUCUCUUCUUUUUAGGAAAACAAGAAAAAGAGAAAGAAUCAGUUUUAGGUUUCCUAUAAUUUUCCUUCCAGACCGGUGUGGUCCAGAUGGCGGUUUGCUGGGGCAACAGUUACAAUUGGAGGCCAAUUAUUCACAGCAUGACCGACACAUAAUGUGAAUUUUGCAUGCUUCUUCACCUAAUCAUAACUUUGGACAUAUAUGUCAAUCUAUAAAUUUUUAUUGAUUUGGAUGGUGGUGGUGGUGGAGAGCUUUAACAGUCCACGUAAUAGUAAAUGUGAAUUUAAGGCAAUCUUCAACUUCGGAGAUUCAAACUCUGAUACGGGUGGGUUUUGGGCUGCUUUUCCGGCUCAGUCUGGACCCUUUGGCAUGACCUACUUCAAGAAACCGGUUGGUCGGGCUUCUGAUGGCAGGCUCAUUGUUGAUUUCUUAGCUUCGGCUUUAGGUUUGCCAUUCCUGAGCCCAUACCUACAAUCCAUUGGCUCUGAUUACAGACAUGGGGCAAACUAUGCUACACUUGCAUCCACCGUGCUCCUCCCUAAUACUUCCUUAUUUGUUACUGGAAUCAGUCCCUUUUCUCUAGCUAUCCAGCUCAACCAAAUGAAGGAAUUCAAGGUUAGAGUUGAUGAGUUUCAUCAAAUUUCUAAUCUGCAAGAGUCAAAUAGACUUCCUUCCCCAGACAUUUUCGGGAAAUCAAUAUACAGUUUUUACAUCGGUCAAAAUGAUUUCACUUCCAACUUAGCAGCUAUUGGUAUUGGUGGAGUGCAGCAAUACCUUCCCCGAGUGGUGUACCAAAUUGCGGGCACCAUAAAGGAGCUAUAUGCAAUAGGAGGGCGAACGUUUCUGGUGCUUAAUCUUGCCCCAGUCGGGUGCUAUCCAGCAUUACUGGUGGAGCUCCCUCAUAACAGCUCAGACAUUGAUCAAUUUGGAUGCUUAAUUUCUUACAACAAUGCAGUGGUCGACUACAACAACCUGUUGAAACAGACUUUGGCCCAAACCAGAAUCUCUCUCCCAAAUGCUUCCCUCAUUUAUGUAGAUGCCCAUUCUGUUCUACUUGAGCUGUUUCGCCAUCCAACAUCUCAUGGGCUCAAGUAUGGUACAAAAGCAUGUUGUGGGUAUGGAGAAGGAGCUUACAAUUUUGACCCUAGAGUUUAUUGUGGAAAUACAAAAGUGAUAAAUGGAAGCACUGUGACAGCAACAGCUUGUAGUGACCCUUACAACUAUGUAAGCUGGGAUGGUAUUCAUGCCACUGAAGCUGCAAACAAAAUUGUCGCAAAGGCCAUCCUUAGUGGCUCUUAUUUUGACCCUCCUUUUCCUAUUGACAAGCUCUGUGACAUCCACUCUAUAGAUUGACACAUCGUUUUUCUCUUCGAAAUUUAUCAGAGAAAAAAAAUAUAUUGCUUCAUAAAUAUGUUAAAAAAGAGUAAAAUACAUUAUCUUCAAAACACUUGGCUAAGAAGUGGCAAGAUGUUUGCUAUUAUUCUAAUGCAUAUAUGGUAAUUAAGGUUUGGUUGCUAGGUGAGCAAAUGCAAGUUGCUUGCAAUUUCGAAGACGAGCCAAUCACAUAGUUGACAACUUCCUCCAAAUUCUUAAAUAUAAAGGCCUUCGUCGGUUUGACUUCUCUUAAA